ACCCCCUUCCCAACAACCCUUCAUCGCCGGCACACCCCCAUCCACUACCGCCAAAAUGGCCACCGACCUCCAGGCCAUCGUGACCGAGCUCCACAGCGCCCUCAGCCGGGGACAAUUCUCCUCCGCCAACGACCUCCUCAGCCGCGCCAAACGAGCCCUCCUGCUCCAGAAUGUCCUGAUUCCCACUCCCUCCGCCCCCGCCGAGCUGGUCGCCCUGGCCCGCGAGGUCCUCGAGCUCGGAGCCCUCUCCUCCAUCCGCCAGACCGACGCACCUACCUUCACACGAUACUACCAGCAGCUGCAGCCAUUCUAUGACCUGGAGCGUGACAGCUCGAGCGCUGGCGCCGUGGAUAUCCGGAACAGCCAGCGCAGCAAGAUCACGGGAUUGUAUCUCCUCCUGUUGUUGACUAUGGGCGAUAGCACGAGCUUCCAUACGGUGCUGGAGGGAUUGGUUGAGGAGGCGAGUCUCAAGGGGAAGAGCGUCGAGGAUGAUCCGUUUAUUAAGUAUCCCGUGGAGUUGGAGCGGAAUUUGAUGGAGGGGAGCUAUGAUAAGGUCUGGAGGGAGACGAACUCGGAGAGGGUCCCGUCGGAGGAUUUUAAGUUGUUUUCGAAUGUGCUCGUGGGAACCAUCCGCAGCGAAAUCGCCGACUGCUCCGAGAAAGCGUACCCGUCGCUCCCGAUUUCCAACGCCAAGAACCUCCUCUUCCUGGACUCGGAAGGCGCUGUGAUCGAGUUCGCCCAGCAGCGCGGCUGGGUCUUGCGUGAUGGUCGUAUAUACUUCCCCGUUGAGCCUGAGGCUGCUGCCCGGUCUGAGAAGGAUAUUCUCGUGGCUAGCGGCACGAUCAUCGAGAAUGCGAUCGGCUAUGCGCGCGAGCUGGAGACGAUCGUCUAGUUUGUUGGAUUUGAAUUUAGAUUUCAAUUGGGUUCCGGGCGGGGCUUGUUUUGUUUGUAUACCUGUUGUUAUCACUCUGCAUCAUGACCCUUCAGCGCAUCUCACGACUUCCUCUACACCUUACUUUGAACCCCCGUUUUCCUGUAGAAUCAUACAAUCAGAUAAUCAUGCAAUCAUACAUUCACCCGCCA